AUGCAGUUGCAGCUGCUUAAACUAUUAAAUACCAACUAUGGCUGUUGGCAGUCUAUCGCUGAUGAAAUUUAUAAAACUUCUGAAAUCAGUUCAUAUCUAUCUAUCUAUCUAUCUAUCUAUCUAUCUAUCUAUCUAUCUAUCUCAUCUGUUCAUAUCUAUCUAUCUAUCUAUCUAUCUAUCUAUCUAUCUAUCUAUCUAUCUAUCUAUCUCAUUUGUUUUAUAUCUAUCAAUCUAUCUCAGUAUGUUCGUAUCUAUCAAUCAAUCCACCUAUCUAAUUCUGUUCAUAUCUAUCUAUCUAUCUAUCUAUCUAUCUAUCUAUCUAUCUAUCUAUCUAUCUAUCUAUCUAUCUAUUAUAUAUAUAUAUAUAUAUAUAUAUAUAUAUAUAUAAAUUUGCUUGAGGAUGAAAUGGAACUAAUUCUUUUCAUAUCUAUCUAUCUAUCUAUCUAUCUAUCUAUCUAUCUAUCUAUCUAUUUCACUGUUCAUAUCUUUCUAUCUAUUUAUCCCCUCUCAGUCUCUUCAUAUCUAUCUAUCUAUCUAUCUAUCUAUCUAUCUAUCUAUCUAUCUAUCUAUCUAUUUCACUGUUCAUAUCUUUCUAUCCAUUUAUCCCCUCUCAGUCUCUUCAUAUCUAUCUAUCUAUCUAUCUAUCUAUCUAUCUAUCUAUCUAUCUAUCUAUCUAUCUAUCUAUCUCACUGUUCAUAUCUUUCUAUCCAUUUAUCUAUCUCAGUCUCUUCAUAUCUAUCUAUCUAUCUAUCUAUCUAUCUAUCUAUCUAUCUAUCUAUCUAUCUUUUUAUCAGUCUUAGCAUAUUCACGUCUAUCUCUCUAUCCCCAUCUGUUCACAUUUAUCUAUCUCUGUCUGUUCACAUCUAUCUGUUCUUUUCAUAUCUAUCUAUCUAUCUAUCUAUCUAUCUAUCUAUCUAUCUAUCUAUCUAUCUCACAACAGUCGGGGAGGUACUACGCCUUUAUCGUAUCAGGGCGAAGAAACAACUUUCCCAGAACUUUCUCCUUGAUAUGAACAUGUGUCGAAAAAUCGUCAGGUCUGCUUCACACUUAAAGAAUCAUUAUGUGUGUGAAAUUGGACCAGGACCAGGUGGAAUUACUCAAGCCAUUAUUGAAAAAAAUUGUCGACACCUGACUGUCAUCGAGAAAGAUGCUCGUUUUUUACCUUCUCUAAAGAUUUUGUCUGGUGCCCUUGAGGAUAAAAUGAAUAUCAUCCAUGGAGAUGUAAUGAAAUUCAAUAUGGAAAAUUUAUUUCCUGAGGAUGCGAAACAGCCCUGGGAAUCACAUCCGCCCUACAUACACAUCAUCGGAAACCUGCCUUUUAAUGUUUCAACACCACUCAUCAUAAAAUGGCUGUCAGAUAUUUCCUAUCGUCGUGGCGCUUGGCGUUAUGGACGGUCAAGACUGACUCUAACCUUUCAGAAAGAAAUAGCUGAACGAAUCGUAGCUCCUUUAGCCAGUAACGAACGUUGUCGGCUUUCUGUAAUCUCUCAACACCUUUGUGAUGUGGAUCUCAAAUUUAUUAUACCUGGGAAAGUAUUUGUACCACCUCCUAAAGUGGAUGUUGGUGUUGUAACAAUGACGCCACUCAUUAAGCCCAAAAUUAAGCUACCAUUUGAACUUGUUGAAAAAGUCUUGAGACAUAUUUUCCAUCACAGAAACAAGAAGUGCUUCUAUGGCAUCAAAACUCUAUUUCCUGUGGAUCAGCCGCAAUUGUCCGAAGAGAUGGUGGAAAAAUCUGGUGUAAAUCCUUCCUUCACUUCCUACCAGCUAUCAAUGGAAGAAUACGAUAGAUUGUGCCAUGCAUACAAUGAUAUUUGCCAGCGAAUCCCGGCCAUUUUUGAAUAUGAUUUCAGGGCAACACCAAAACAACGUCUCCUGCAAAGUAACACAGUUGCUCAUCAAGUUAAAGAGAACAUUUUGCUGCCAACAUCAGAAGACGCUGGAUAG